AUGUCCGGAGCAGGAGGCCCAGCGUUCAAGGACGUCGACUUUUCCAAGUCCAUCCAGACACCCCCCGACUCUCCCGGCAAGCCAAAGAGCAAGUUCACACACAAGAAGACGGAGAGCUGGAGCAAGCACUUCCAGAAUGGCAACAGGAGAGAUGGCAGUUGGGCCAGCGUCGAGAACAAGAUGGCCAUCCCAACCUCGCCAGGUUCGCACAACACCAUCGAGGUGCCUGCCUUGAGGUCGCCUGAUGCCGAUGCUUCCCAGUACAUGCACAACCUCUCCGUGUCACCAUCGCAGAAGGAGCGGAGACUAUCCCGCAACUCGUUCGGUGCUGCCCUCCCCAUCCCUCGCUCCAAGCGCCAGUCGCGCUUGAGCAGCGUCACGUUCCCCGAUGUCCAGGAGGCCCUGAGAAAUGCCUCCAAGGAGAGCCAGCGCCCCGGCAUGCCCCCAAUCCAGCCCACCAGAGAAAUCCUGGUUUCUCAGGUCCAGGACGUCCAGUCCGACAAGGUCAAGCUGGCCAAGAACAUGGCCUUUGUCUUUGACAUUGACGGUGUCCUGGUCCACGGUGACCGCCUGAUCCCCGAGGGCAAGAUGGUCCUCGACAUGCUCAACGGCAACAACCAGCUCGGCAUCAAGAUCCCCCACAUCUUCCUCACCAACGGCUCCGGCAAGCCCGAGCUGGCCCGGACAGAGCAGCUGUCCAAGAUCCUCCAGAACCCCGUCAACACGGAGCAGUUCAUCCAGUCGCACACCCCCAUGCGCGCGUUGGCCGAGUACUACAACACCGUCCUCGUCGUCGGCGGUGAAGGGUACAAGUGCCGCGAGGUGGCCGAGCAGUACGGCUUCAAGGACAUCAUCGUCCCCAACGACAUCGUCGCCUGGGACGAGUCCAUCGCCCCCUACCGCGUCUUCACCGACGAGGAGCGCGCCUCCGCCCGCCCGAGGGACUUUUCCAAGGUCAACAUUGACGCCAUCAUGGUCUUCUCCGACUCGAGAGAUUAUGCCACUGACAUGCAGAUCAUCAUGGAUUUGCUUGUCAGCGAGAAUGGCCGGCUCGGCACCGUAGCCAAGGACCCCGUCUCCCAGCGAAUCCCCAUCUACUUCUCCCAGGGCGACUUCCUCUGCCCGACCGAGCACCCCCACCCUCGCAUGUCGCAGGGCGCGUUCCGCAUCGGGCUCGAGGCCAUGUACAAAGCCCACACGGGCGUCGAUCUGGAGCGUGUGGUCUAUGGCAAGCCCGAGCUGGCGACGUACAAGUACGCCGACGAGGUGAUCGCCUCGUGGAUGGACGUCCUUCACGGGGAGGAGAGGAUCCCGGAGAACAUCUACAUGAUUGGUGACAACCCGGCGUCGGAUAUUGUGGGGGGAAACAUGUACGGGUGGAACACUUGCCUGGUCAGGACGGGUGUUUUCCAGGGCGGGGAGAAUGAUGAGGAAAACCCGGCUAAUUUUGGGGUGUUUGCUAAUGUUUGGGAGGCGGUGACGGCGGCAUGCAGGAAGCAGUUGGGGGAUGAUUUCAAGUUUAAGUGGGAUGACCGGGUGAAUCCGGUGUUGCAUGGGAAUCAGUCGGCUAUUCACUGA